UGACGCGCUGAAUCUCAGUGACCGUGAGCUCUUUGACAUGCUGAACGGGGCGGAAGCGUGCUGACAACGGAAUGAUGAACAUCGCUGCGUUGGUGCAGAGCCUCCGGUGCUCUUUGCUACACAUUGAAAGCAAACUUCUGCAGGCGGCCGGGCUGCCGUUAGAGAGACAGCUGGCGCCCGCUCUUGCAGCGAGUGGCCCCGGCUUUCGGCCUCAGCUCGACCGGGAGGAGCUGGAGGAGCAGCGCGACGAGCGGCGGCCUCCGGGCCUCGUCGACGGCAUCCUGUGGAUGGCGGUGCCCAAGAAGAGGCGCACGAUCGAGAUCAACCGCACCAGGAGGAGAUCUGACAGCAAGAUGUUGCAAGUCCAGAACAACGUCGAGCCGUGUCUGGAGUGCGGCCACCUGAAGCAGAAACACACCAUGUGUGGCUUCUGCUACGCCAAGGUGUGCAAGGAGACGGGUCUGAUUCGCCAGCAGAUGAAAGCCAUGGAAGGCGGCCCGCUGGGGGCCCCCAGCGUGGAGACCGUGGUCCUGUACGAGGGCGAAACCCCCAGUGCGCUGGACAAGGACAAGAGGAUUGUGGAGAGGGCCAGGAAGAGGCCCGCCUGGUUCAGCUAAUGAUGAUGCUGCACACACACACAGACACACACACACACACACACACACGCGCGCACACUUUACUAUAUCAAAGAUGUGUUACUUUAGGGCCACAUUUGAGAUUUACAUUAUCGGACGUACAUUUUCUUUGUCAUUGUAUUAAAUAAUAUUUUCGACUGAAGUGUAUUGUACAUUUUGUUGUUUGACAAUAAAUCCAUUAUUUAAAAAAUAAA